ACGAUUCAUAGCCUCAGGCACCGACUUCUUCAUCCCCGACAUCAACCCUCCAACACUCAAACAACUAGCUGCUUUUCCGCGACAGAAGCUAUCUACCCGUUAUUUGUAACAUUACUUACCGCGCAAUUAUCCCUCUCUUUACCGACCGUAUGUCCCUUCAUCAUUCCCUAUCGCGACUUUCCUAACCCCCGCCCAUACGCUUCAUUCCUGCUUGACCCCUCCCAGCGCAGCCUUUCAAAGGCACCCCAACCCUCCUCCCUCCAUCUCUCCGCCCGUCACACUCACGGGAAACAAGCGGCAUGAACAACCUCAACGUCCCCGACCUGGACAAAGUCGGCAUAAAAGCCGAGCCACAACUGGCAGACCAAUUCCGCAGAGAAGUUGCACAUCUUCUAGGCCGCGCAUCGCUAGGGUUCCCCGGCGCACAGCCCGUAAGCUUUGCCGCGCGACACCUCGUCGAACUACAAAAGGCAGACUACUAUGUGGUCGAGAAGACCGAUGGGAUCCGGUGUCUUCUCUACUUUGCCCGCGGGGACCCAGACUCAGACACGCCGGAAAUCCACUACCUCAUCGACCGCAAGAAUGACUAUAGAUACGUGCCCGGUCUACAUUUCCCGCUCCCGGACGAUGAUACCUUUCAGAGUUUCCAUGUAGAUACGAUCAUCGAUGGGGAACUGGUUAUCGAUACCUACGAAGAUGGCUCGUCACAGCUGAAGUUCUACGUUUUCGACUGUCUCGUGCUGGACGGGACGAGUCUAAUGCACCGCACGCUCGAUAAACGGCUAGCCUAUUUCAAAGAGAAAGUUCUCAAGCCCUACAACGCCAUGUACAAGAAAUACCCGUCGGAGAAGCAACACCGCGCGUUCGCCGUGGAGGACAAAUCAACCCAAUUUAGCUACGGCCUCGAAAUGAUGUUCCGCGAAAUAAUACCCAAGGUGAAGAAAAUCCACGGAAACGACGGCCUCAUCUUCACCUGCCGCAGCACGCCCUACAAAAUCGGCACGGAUGAGAACACCCUCAAAUGGAAGCCGCCGGCAGAGAACUCUGUCGAUUUCCGCAUGCGUCUGCAAUUUCCCCUCGUCGAGCCGGACGAGGCUGACGGCGGCGACGGCGGCGACGGUGGUGGUACCGCAGAACCCUACCCGGACUACGACGCCAUCCCCAUCUGCCACCUCUUCGUCGUGCGACGGGCAAACGACUACAUCCCCUACGCCACCAUGCACGUCACCGAGGAGGAAUGGGAAGCGCUCAAGGCGAUGCAGAAGCCGCUGGACGAUUCCAUCGUCGAGUGCUACAAGGACGAGCAGCACCGCUGGCGCUUCAUGCGGCUACGCGAGGAUAAGGCGGAUGCGAAUCACAUCUCGACGGUCGAGAGUGUGAUCGAGAGUAUCGAGGAUCGGGUCGAUGAGGAAGAUUUGAUCCGCGCGGCGCCGGCGAUUAAGGUGGCCUGGAAGCGGAGGCAGGCUGAGGCGGACAUGGCGAGGCAUAAGGCUGUGGAGGAGGAGAGGAGGAGGAGGGGUGUGGUGCCGAACGGAGGGGGUUCGGCGGGGUCCGGAAUGAAUGGGAUUGGAACGGGAGCGAAGAGGAAAUUUGAGGGUGAGUGAGUUUGGGGGGCCUGAUUGGGGAUGGAACCUGGCGAGAGAUGAGGUUGGGUUGGACAAGGAGAGCCUGGGAAAGGACGCGUGACGAAUUGGAAUGAAAUGUAAAUGUACGCUCUAUUAUUCUAUGUUUUGACUGCUUUCUCUUUUUGGUUUUCGGGCUGCGGGCACUGGUGUUGUGUUUGGUCUCCUCAUACGGAUAUUGUCAUGCUGUUCACUGCUGCUACUAGACAUGUCUUGUCGCUUGUGUUUUCCUUUGUUAUUUUUCUAUCUUUCAUUCUUCUAUUCCCGGAGACGAGAUCUUCCUGCUAGUCGACCGUGUCCAACGGACCGCUAUGUUCGGUAUUCCAUAUUUCUGGAUCCAUCUUCCAUUUUCAUCGCAACAUAGUUAUAUAAAUAAGUGACAUCGAUGAAAUCCUAGGAUAACAACAUACACGUUCAUGACAAAACAUGAAGAUUCAAGGUAUCGUUCAACCAACAACAAAAAAUAUACAAAGUGGCGCAAACCUGAAUCUGGCAAAUCCCACUGACUCAAUACUCAAAAUCAUCGUCCACACCUCCCUUCCCUGCCGUGUCCUUACUCACACUCUCUUGCCUCCGAUACAUCUCUGCCACCUGCCUCGUCGUCGUCGAUUCCUCAGGUUUCUUAUCAUCCCGAGCCUUAAUAUACCUAGGAAACCGCAACGAAAUACCCUUAACCGUCCCGUUACUGCCAGCGCUAGCAAUACCCAUAACCUCAUCCGCCGCAGCCUUGUAGCGCGGACUAAGCGUCAGAUCUGCCGCCUUCACCUCCCAGACAUACUUGGGUUCGAACCAGACGUCCGGCUGGUCCUUGGGGACGGAAGAGUGGUCGUAGAAUGGUUUGGGACGGUCGAUGACAAGCGGGGAAAGGGCUUUGUGGAGCUCUUCGAGGAGCGCUUCGGAGAAGCCUGUGCCGAUGUUGCAGACUGUUUCGAAGUUUUGCGUGUUGGGGUUGUAGGCGGCUAGGAGGAAAGCGCCGUAGACGGAUGUACGUUUACCCCGGCCGUAGUAGGCGCCUAGGACGACGAGGUCAAGAGAGUCGCCGAUGCCGGCGAGGUAAUCUUUUUUAACCUAUAGGAUUUUAAAUUGGUAAGAAAUCUGUGGUGUCUGUAGUUGGUUUGAGCUAGGGGCCAUAUCUAUAUUUACCAUACCUUAAGCCAGUUUCGACUGCGUUUGCUGGGUUCAUAACCGCUUUCUUCGGUGUCGAGCAUUUUCACCAUCAGACCCUCACAUGACGCUUUUACACUCUCGUCAAGCAAGGUCUGGAUCUCAUCGAGGUCAUUAGUGUCUCCGUGUUGGGCGAAAACAAAUUCGCCUUCAAUUGGCGUGAAAGCCUCGUGCAAAAGAGCCCUUCGUUCUCGUAAGGUCAUUUUCACAGUCGCCUACAAAGAUGGAUCAGCAUUCACGGAAUUUCAAUGAUUUUAGGGAGUAGUAAGAAAAGAAAUAUAUAGUGUACAUAGCACUCACCUGUCCAUUCAAAAAUAGCAAAUCAAACGCAAAAACACAGACUUUAACCUUGACAUCCUCUGCCUUAACAUCCUUCCGCUUCCUCGUCAUGAGCUGCUGGAAUGGCAAAAC